CAUAUUUCAAUGGAACAACACAAUUAUACAUAACCCUUUCACACAGCAAUCUAAUUGCUUGUUUCAUGAGUAAACCAAAAAACAACCUUUGUCUGCACUCAAAGCACAAGAGCUGCAGACUAAUACUAAAACCAAGCCCCUCCCCUUUCUCUUCUCUCAACUAAGCCUAAAGAUGUCUUUGCAACAACCCCAGCAGCAACAACCCCAGCAGCAACAACUCCCUCAGCCACAACAACAGCCAGUUCUGGUUUACCCCAAUACUGUCACUGGGGAACCACCUUCACACCAUUCAAAUGGGUCAUUUGGGACAGUUUUUAUUGUCCUUGCUGUGAUCAUUGUUGUAUCAGCUAUAGCUUGCUUUCUUGGCAGGCUCUGCAACCGGCGUUACAACAAACAAAAACCAGCAAAGCAAAACCACAACUUUCGUCCCAAAGAUAAUGGGGACAUUGAGUUUGGGUUUGGUAAGAAGAAAGUUCCAACAGGCAAACCAUCUGGAAAUGGAGGAAGCAGAGGGCACAGGCCAUUUGAAAAUGGUGAUAAUAGCAGAGGGCAUAGGCCAUCCGAAAAUGGUAAUCAUCACCAUCACAACAGAGGUGAAAUGAGGCCAGGUGGUGAUCAUGAAGGAGAGCCCAGAGCCGGUGCAUGAUGAUGGUAUAGAAAAUCAAAGAUCAGGAGCUUCCAUAUGAUAUAGUUAUGUACCUGGCUUACAUUUCUAUCAAAAUCCUUCUGUUUUUUAUUUUAAUUUUUCUUCUGUAUUUUCAUAUCUCCAGUGUCCACCCACAAGGGCCACAACUUGGAAUAUGUAAUUACAUAUGGUGGUGUUGUGACAUGCAAUAGUUUUAAUUAGCAAGGGUGUUUGAGCUGAAAAAUCAAGAAAUA